CUUAAACUGUGUAAACGACCAAAUACUUUUGUUAUUUCGUUUCAAAUAAUUUUAUAUUUGACAAAGGUUUGUUUGCACUUUGUCAGAUGUCAAAAAGUCCAAAACAAAUUAUAGAACAAAAAUUCAACGAUGGCAGGUAUCGCUUUAAAAGUUAAAACAAAGACUGAACAACAAAUUUUAAACAACCUAACGCAAGAAACAACUGUGAAAGAACUAAAAACUAUUUUGUCUACAAUAUCGAAAAUACCAGAAAAUCGUUUAAUGGUGCUCUCUGGCUACCCUCCAAAAAGUAUUGACAUCUCACAAGAUGGGGUUAAGUUAAAGGACACACAAAUAAAAUCCGGCGAUAUAUUGAUACUUGAAGAAAAACCUGAGGAACAACAGCCAUCAAAAACCCAACCACAGCAAUCAAAAAGCCAACCCCAGCCAUUCAAAAGCCAACCAACUCCGGUUGAUUACAGGGCACAUGUUUUAGAACCCACGGAAAACUGUCCUGGUAUUUUAAUGAAACAAGUGGUUCCUGCAGAUAAUUCCUGCUUAUUCAGCAGCAUACAUUUUGUACUGAAUGGCAAAGUAGAAGAUUCCUCUGUUGUAGCACCUUCAAUGAGACAAAUUAUAGCUGAAACUGUUGCCAAAGAUUUAAUUAAUUAUUCAGAAGCGAUUUUGGGUAAACCCAAUGAUGAGUAUUGUGCUUGGAUAUUGGAUAAUAAUUCUUGGGGAGGUGCAAUUGAGUUAGCAGUUUUGUCAAACUAUUUUGGAGUAGAAAUUGCUGUAGUGGAUACAAUUAAUGCUAUAAUAAAUAGGUUUGGUGAGGACCAAAGUUAUGCUCAUCGAGUUUUUUUAAUGUUUGAUGGUAUACAUUAUGAUCCUUUGUAUUUGGAACCCCUAGAUGGAAGCAAAAUACAGACCAUAUUUCCCAGUGACGAUGAAAGAGUGCUAAGAGAUGCUGAACAGCUAGCCAUAGAGGCCAAAUCAAGCCGACAAUACACUGAUGUCAAUAAAUUCACCCUAAAAUGCAUGAUUUGCAAUGUAAUGUUAAAAGGACAAUUACAAGCUCAACAACAUGCCUCAUCUACAGGACAUAUGAACUUUGGGGAAGUUUAAACUUGCAUGACACAAAACCUGAUCUCCAUACUUAUUUUAAUUUAAAAAUAAGUGUUUGUGUUCAAUAUAAUUCCUUUUAGAAUUAACUUUUUACAAAUGGCCUUUAAUUUUUUUUUUAAUAUUU